UGACAUCUAAAUUGACAAGUAAACGAAAACAUCUGUACAAUAAAUUCAGUAAUUUACUCCUAUUAACAUAAAAAUAUUCACUCCCAUAACUACACCAUCGAUGAGAAAAGUUCGGUUAAAGUUUAGGGGUUGUAUUUUGUUACAUUAUUUGCUUUUUAAUAAGUUAGGUUAUGUUUUGUUAUGAGGCAAUAUAGCUUGGAGAUGAUAUGAGUUUUCGAGUGCAUGCCUUGAAAAAGUUGCCCUUAUUUGGGAGUUAGUGCAGUGCAGUCAGUUUACUUCGGCUUUCCGUGAUGAGUGAACGCGAGGGGUCAAGUAGUUCGGGUUCUGAAGAUCCCAAGAAAGAUGAAUCGAAAAGUUCAGCACAGCCUGUGCCGACUGGACCAAGUGCCCACAGCUACUAUGCCAACGAGCCCAUCCAGUUCCGUGUGCGCGGCUCGACAAUUACCGGAGCGUCUCCGCCGAGCUUUGUAACGCUGGACGACAUUAUGAAGGCUGCACAUGGCAUGCAGAAUAUGGCACUGGCCCAUGAGAUUGCUGUCGAUAAUGACUUUAAGCUGGAGCCUUUUGAACCACCAGAUAAUAGCUACCAAAAACUGGUGAAGGAGACAAUGCACAGAGCAUAUUUCGAUAUUCUGAAGGAGCAACUCAACUCUGACCCUCCUUGCUACAAGCAGGCCUUAGUGCUGCUUGAAGAUGUAAAACAGGGCCUAUUCUCCAUUCUGCUCCCCCGCCACACUCGCAUCCGCGAAAUGAUCGAAGAAGUCAUAGACUCAGAUUUCAUCAAGCAACAGGUAGAGAACAACAGUUUAGACUUCGACAAGUACGCCAAGUUCGUCAUAGAUCUUAUGGCCAAGUUAGCCGCCCCGGCCAGGGAUGAGAUGAUACAGAACAUAACCACGCUCACUGACACGGUAGAGAUUUUUAGAGCGAUCCUAGAGACCCUAGAAGUAUUGAAACUGGAUUUAGCCAACACAUUGAUCGCCAUGAUACGCCCGCACGUUCAGAAGGAGAGCGUGCACUACGAGAAAAUCAAGUUCGAAGAGAUGCUGAAGGUUACUGAAGACGGUCUUCAGCACACUCGGGCAUGGUUAAUACGUCACAUAGACAAGACCGACCUAAGCUUGCCUGUCACAGACGCUAACAUUAUAAGGAAUGUGACGGCACAGACUUUGGCAAAGGCAUAUCUAGAGUUGUUAGAGUGGGACAAGGGCUCUGACACAUAUCCCGAGACGGUAACCCUAGACGCUCCUCGCUUCGCAGAGCUCGGUACUCAAGUGUACAGAUUAAUUUGCGUGGCGUCGCUCAUACUGUCCAGCCCUACGUGUGGAGAUGCGAGCGCAGCCGCGCGGCACAAGCUUAACCUUAAGGAGAAGAUCGUCAUCAUCUUAGGAGACACCGCGACUGAUACGCAACUAAAAGCAGUGCUGCCAUCUAUCGCCGAAGAAGUGAUAGUAGUGACUGAGCAACUACUAGACUCCCUUGACCAGCAACCUUUGACAGCAGAUACUAAGGAACUUAUCCGGACCCAGAUUGUCUCCCUGAGGGACCCCGAGCAUAGAGUCAGGCAGAUUGUUCGUCAAAGGGUCCUAGAAUUCCUGAAAAUGAUCCUAGUCUGCGCAGGUGGUUCUCGCCAGAUACCCGUCGGUCUCUCCGCCUUGGCUCCCGAACUCACCAACAUUUCCGGCACUCUCCUCCGUUACGUGAUGCACAACAAAGCGGUAUUCACGAGUUACUAUAUCGACAUUGUAACUGAAGAGCUCAGUAAGGGCUAGAUUGGAGAAAUCUACAACUGUGUUACGUUGUUUCUGCGUUACAACGUGGAUUCUAUGUAACGUCAUUAAUAUAUUCUUCCCUUUUUAUGUCGACAUUAUGGAAGAGUAGAAAAGACUCUGAACCACAGAUUAAGAGGAAAGGGGACGAAGUCACAUGAACGCUUCUCAAUACAAACGUAGUCCCCAUUUUCCGCUCUGGAUAUUAAUAUUAUUGAAAAUAUUUUUAAGCACUUUGAUGUGUAUUAACACACCUAUGCCUUUUGGAGUUAUUGUUAGAUUUACAGCUUUUAAAAAUUUGUAUGGAAUUUGUUAUUCGCUCCUAACUCAUAUUAUAUUAAAAAAUAACGGGACAAGUGCGAGUCGGACUUGUUCACCGAGGGCUCCGUACAAACUUGUAGGUACAUAUCAUAAAGUUUUUAAAAAUCUUCAAAUAAAGUUGCGUCACCCAUAAAAUUAUAAUUACAAAUGUAUAGUUUUCAGAUUUUUCCUAAUUGUAGCAUAAAACGAUAUUGCGUGUCAAAUUUCAUAGUUCUAGGUCAACAGGAAGUACCCUUUAAAUUUGGAUUCCCUUGUGAGUGAUGGAAUAUACGUUUUUGUGGCAUAAACGGCCGUAUCUUUUUUUUACGUCAACUUAGACAUUUUUUCACAGCUUCAAACGACUAUAGACCUGAGUAUAUGGUAUUAAUUUCAACUCGAUACUUCCAUACGUUCCCGAGAUAAAGGGUCUUGACAGACAGACUGACAACCAAAGUGAUCCUAUAAGGCUUCCAUAUUUUCCUUUUGAAGUACGGAUCGCUAAAAUAUUAAAAAAGUCAAACGAAGGGGCACAGUUAUGGUAAUUGUACAUUAAUCGUGCAAAAAUAUUUUCUAUAACGUCAAUAUCUAGGGAGUAGAAUGGGGACUAUAUAUGGAGAAGUGGUCUUCCACUAUCGUCUUAAAGUACAGUCGCCAUCAGAUAUAUCGGUGCGGCCGAGGUGCUCACAAUAUCUGAACACGCCUCUAUUGUCACGGUGUUAGAGUGCGUGUUCAGAUAUUUUUGAGCACCUCGGCCGCUCCGAUAUAUCUGAUGGUGACUGUACUACGAACGUACAAAGAUGAAUGAAUUUUUCUUCUCACUCGUUGCCAUGGUCAUGUUCUCAUAGGCCACUCUUUAAAACCUAAUAUUAAGGCAAUUAUACAUAUGCACUAAUACACGCUUUUUGUGGUAGUUAGAAACCCUUUCCAUAAAGGGUCACGUGUCAGUAGUACGUGGUAAUAUAAAAUGUUCAUCUAACAAACUGUGCGAUUAUUAACAAAAAAUAGUUGAGACACCCUUAGAAUUGUCACUGUCAAAUAAAACCGAUUUUUGACAGUGAGGUGUCGAAUUAUGUUGUCCCUCUCUAACUCAGCGUCUUACGUAAGCGGACAACUCGCGAACGCGGCCUUCGCGUUCAAAACGAGAUCGCCCACGUAGACACUUCUAUAAUUCAAAAAAAUCAAAGGAUUGAUUCACCCGCACGUUGUUCGCUUACGUAAGACGCUGCGUAACGCAUAGCGCGUUCUAUUUCUCUCUAGACUGUGCCUCGGUUACUGUUGUAGAAGGCAGGAUACCGGAACAACGUCAUACUUGUGGUUGGACGUGAGAAUUUUGGUAUUUUCAUAAUCUUUAACUUUAACGUAUAAUCUGGAUGGAUAGUCCUAAACAGAUUCCCAAGAUCCUUAUUAAAUUGUAUAGAUUUUUCUUACUAAAAUAAAAAGUUAUCGUCAAAACAGAAAUUUCUUAUAACCAACCAGAACUAUGAUACCAUUCCACAGAACCUGAUGCCUAGUGACGUCAUCUUUUUCAGACAAAUUUUAACAUUAUCCCUAUGUAGAGUUCAAAUUCUACCUAAUAUAUUUAUACACGAGGCCUCAGAAGGUUAAGAUUCCGAUUUAGGUCACAAGGUGGCAGACCGUCUAACGCGUAACUAUAUAACGUUGUUAUGAGCUCUUAUUUUAGCAUGCAUUCGACCGCCAUUCCUUUGUGUUACAGGUAGAUUCAAGAAAGCUGGCGUGGAUUUUAAGUAAGAAUUUUGACAGUUCAGUACAAUACACGCCAGCUCUUAUGAAUCGACGUAUACUAUACGUCUUGCAUGAAUUAUGUAAUAGUCGAUUGAAUUAUUCAAUUCGAAUAUUGAUGACACGAUACUAUAUGAAUGAAAUGAAAUAAUAUGAAUUUUGUGUUAUAUACAUUUUUACUGCUUAUAAUAAGAUAAUAUUUUUUUACUUAGAACUAAUUUAAACUAAUAGGUUACUAUUUUGUUUCACUAAACCAAUACCUACUGUAAUAUUGCAAUAUCGUAUUGUUGCACGAGUCAUACAGUAAUUCUAUCGAUUGGUUUUAAUUUAUAACCACUGCAAUUUUUACUUUCAAAUGGUGCUAUGUAAUUUAUCUUUUUAUUUUAAACAUUAAGGUCACAUUUUUAACAAAAAAAUAACUUAUGUUGUUUAAGAAGCUUGUACCUAACCUACACUCGAAAAGUUAUUUUUCAUUUACAUAAAAAUGAAGUCAUUAGGCCACACAGAACGAGUCGCCUCGCUAGGAAAUUGCCGCGCGAAGCAGCUCGGUCUGUUUAGACGUGCCUCGGGCGCACUCGCGGCCGCAUUGCCUCGGGCGAGGCGCGAGUCUACCAACCGAGCUGCUUCGCGCGGCAAUUUCCUCGCGAGGCGGCCCAUUUUGUGUGUAACUAUUAACUUGUGUAAAAAAUUACAAUAAAUACACUACACUCUAAUGGCGUUCUUAAACGUUUGUCAAAUUUAACAAGCCAGUGGUAAUUUGUUCGUCCAUAUCUGUCAUUUUGACAUGUGUUUGUUAGUAAGUGACAAAAUCUUACAAAGGAUUGCUAAGUUUUAUGAUAUUUCUGUGGUUUUAUGAAUAACCGCUAAAUCGUUUCUUAUGUAAAAAUUAAGUAACAGAGGUCAGUUUAUUGUACAGUCGCCAUCAGAUAUAUCGGAGCGGCCGAGGUGCUCAAAACUAUCUGAACACGCACUCUAGUGCCUUGACAAUAGAGGCGUGUGCAGAUAUUUGUGGGCACCUUGCCCGCUCCGAUAUAUCUGAUGGCGACUACAAUAAACUGAUCUCUUAACUUUUUGUAGAAACUAUUAUGUAACUUUAAAAGUGGCUGUGCCCUAGUUACUUAUAAAAAUGUCGAACAUUGGUACUCUACUCACUUAAAAGAUAUUUAAUAAAAAUAUUGACAAUCUAGAGUCAGACCAAUCUAAGUUGGCAGUUUAAACGUCUAACUUCAAUGAAAUUAUGACGUUUACUCAACUUAGCUUGGUGUGACCAAAGAGAAUUUGAAAUAGAGGUGUAUUGUCAAAGAAAACUUUAUAGCUACGUUAAUUUACUGCUAUCUUUCGAUACAUAAUUAAAACCUUUAGAACGCCAUUUGACUUUGAUCCUUAUUUUUUCACUGAUAUGUGUUCAAUUUGUUAAAUAUCAAAAAGUGGCGCCAUCUAAUAGAUGGCAGUAAAUUUACGUCGCUACAAAGUUUUCUUUGACAGUACAAGUUUCAAAUUCUCUUUGGUCUGACUCUAUGAACAUACUAGGAGAUAAUUGCACUUUUUUUAGGGUUCCCCACCAAGGGUGACAAUUACAACCCUAUAAAUAAGGUUUUUAUGAAAUUAUGAUCACAAUAUUUAAAUACCUACGUAUAGGAUGGUUAAAAUAUGUUAUUUCUAAAAUUAAACUUAUAAUAAAUUAACCUAAUGUAACAAAUAAUCGGAUAUUUUCCUUAAACACAUUAUUUUUAUGAAGUCAACACAAUUUUACAAAUUAGUUGUGUAACAAAGGAUUAAUCUCGUUGUCAACGUAUAUUGCAAUCCUGUAAAAUCAAUAUUACGUUUUCUACGACGUCACAUGUGGGAACAAUUUUUCGUGUGUUCAAAAUCGAUUGUUUUUUUUAUUCUUAUGAAAUCAAGUGAAUAUCUAACUAAUAAAGUAUUGCUUUUGAUCUAUA